AUGGCUUUAUUGGAAAAUAAUGUGAUAAGAAUAAUACGAGAAAAUGAAGUUUCUUCCUUUGCCAAUCGCUGAUGUCCAAACAUUUUGUUGAUGAGUUUUCUUCCGUAAAGAUGAUGGCAGUGAUGCUGACGACCUCGCUCUUGCUCACGGGUACGACCUUGGCCCUCCCGGCUGACCCUCCCCAUGUCUAUGAUGCGCGAACUUCGCACAGUUUUCACCCUGACCCUGACGAGGUGCAUGAGCCGUACGACUUCACAUACACCGUCAGGAACGAUGAGUCAGGCGCAGACUUCGCCCACAGUGAGGCAUCGGACGGCGCCAGCGUCAGGGGGUCCUACACCGUGCUUUUGCCUGAUGGCCGCAGGCAGACGGUGACCUAUGUGGUCGACUCUCAGACGGGCUACACUGCCCGCGUGUCUUACUCAGGAGAGGCCCAUCGCCCCGCCACGUUCGGCUCGCCUGUCAUCCCGACGGCCAAGACCUACAGACCUCAGCACGGCUUCUAGUGAGAGACAGCUCUUAGCUAAAACGCUACGAAAGUACCUAGUCAUAACAUAACAAGGCUUUGUGAUAUAAAUUACAUUGUAAAUUUUCAAGUGGUUUUUAUAACAUUUGUAUGUAAAAAUGAAUAAAGCUGU